ACAGUAAAAUGUUAUUAUGAAAUCGGGCAGUGCGCGUCGGAGUAGCUGGGGAAGUUUUCGUUAUUUUCAUAGAAUUACUUCUUUGAAGUCUAACUUUAUCUCAAAGAAGGAAACGCCACACCGUUAACGGGGGAGGUGUAUAUUUUGCUUUGAUUCGCUGGCAAAAGAAAGAGUGGAAUCACACUGCGAUUCAGGGAUCCUCGGCAAUUUUUUUAUUAUUAAUUUUCUUUGUUUUAUGUUUUGUUUUUAUGUUUUUUUUUUCAGCACUACUUUGUAUUUUAUUUUAAAGUUACAGAUAAGUUUUAGGUGGUCCUUUUUAUUGUUAAAACUCCAUAUGAGUCAAUAUGGACACCGACUCACUGAAAUUCAAGUAGAACUUGUCUGAUAAAAGCUGCCUAUUAGCCUGCUGUAGUUAGGCUGUCAUUUGCGUUGAAAUGCACUAUAUAAUCAUUUUUUGAAGGCAUAGCUAAUUUGUUUGCAAUACUUUUAGACGAUCUUAAGGUAAACGAAUGGGAAAAGCUUUCUAAGCAGUUUGUCCCAUUGGGACUUAAUUAAGAUGCAUGAGGCGUAUGGUUUCAGCCAGUCCUGAACAGGGAUUUAUUGACCUGCUUCUGUGUGCCUCAUUGGAUUUGGGUUCCUGUCGAAUUUGGUAAAUGUUACCUGAUAAAGUGGCAAGAUUAUGAGAUCAGAAGAUUUUAAAACCUAAACGAUUUUGCUGAGGGGUGAUGGACACAGGUUGAAUAGCACAAUGAGCGCAAGUUUCCUUGUCGCGGUUAUUGUGCUGGUCUUCAACGGCAAUCGCUGUUACGGCAGCGAUCCUUCCUCAUUCAUUCUCCCUUUUACGGACUGCAUCCAGAGCAAGGGCAAGGCGGGUUACUACCAGGGAUCGAUAGAUGUAACCGAGUCUGGGGGAAAGUGCAUGAACUGGAGCGAAGUCGCGGGCAUCAAGGACAGGUAUCCGGGAAAGGGACUGGGAGACCACAAUUUCUGCAGAAAUCCCGAUGGAAGGAUCAGACCGUGGUGUUUUGUCAGGAACAGCAGAGGGAGAAUAGACUGGGGCUACUGUGACUGCAAGCAAGGGUCGGUGCGUCUGCAAGGCGGCCGCAGCAAGCUGGAAGGCACGGUGGAGGUGUACCUAAACGGCGUGUGGGGCGCGAUCUGCAGCGACGACUGGGGGGACGAGGACGCGGCCGUGGUCUGUCGCCAGCUGGGCCACGGGUUCAAGGGGCGAGCACGACAAGGACCCCUUUCCCGGCUGAACCUCGCCUUGGUUCACUGGCGUUCGGUGCACUGCAGGGGACACGAGGACAACCUGCUGCAGUGUCCUGCCACCAGCUGGAACGGGGGGGAAUGCACCAAGAAGCAAGCUGCCGCUGUGACCUGCCUCCCCCAGGAAGCUGCCACGUUUGUGCCCGUGCGCCUGUCCGGCGGCGGUUCCGGGUACGAGGGCAGGGUGGAGGUAUACCACGCCGGCCAGUGGGGCACCGUGUGUGAUGACCAGUGGGACGACGCCGACGCGGAGGUGGUGUGCAGGCAGCUGGGCUUUGGUGGGACCGCGCAGGCCUGGGGCCAGGCCUACUACGGGGAAGGUUCCGGAAAGGUGCUGCUGGAUGAGGUACAGUGCUCUGGCAACGAGCUGUCCAUCGAGCAGUGCCCCAAGCGUCCGUGGGGGGAGCACAACUGCGAGCACCGGGAGGAUGCAGGGGUGUCCUGUAUGCCGACAGCGGGUAGGAACAGGAACAUCGACGGCUCCUUGAGGCUGGUGAACGGGUCGGCGCCCCACCGAGGGCGUCUGGAGGUGCACUACAGGGGUCAGUGGGGCACGGUGUGCGAUGACGGCUGGACAGACUCAAACACGCAGGUGGCCUGCAGGCAGCUAGGCUUCAGGCACGGCGAGGGAGGAGCGGGGCAGCAGUUCGGGGAGGGCGUGGGUCCCAUCCUGCUCGAUGACAUCAGCUGCACGGGGAAGGAGCCGGCACUCGUGCACUGCGGUCGCCGCGAGUGGGGGAAGCACGACUGCACCCACAGUGAGGACAUCUCCAUCUCCUGCAGUCCCCAGCGCCUGGCCCACGGCAUCCCGCCCAGUUUGCCCCUCCGGCUGGUGGGUGGAGAGAAUCCGAAGGAGGGCCGGGUGGAGGUGCUGAUCGACGGACAGUGGGGCACCAUCUGCGAUGAUGGAUGGACCGACCAAGAUGCAGAUGUGGUGUGCCGGCAGCUCGGUUACACUGGCCUAGCCAAAGCGAGGACCAUGGCCUACUUCGGGGAAGGUCAAGGGGCCAUCCACGUGGACAACGUGAAGUGCACGGGGGCCGAGCGGUCGCUGGGGGACUGCAUCAAGGAGCCGGCGGGCUCGCACAACUGCCGCCACAGCGAGGACGCGGGAGUCAUCUGCGACUACGGCCAGAGCGGCAACGCAGCCACUAGCCAAGACCCUGCGCGCCCAGCGUGCGGAAUCCGCCUUGUGCGGCCGCGGCAGAAAAGAAUUAUCGGUGGGGAGAAUUCCUUAAGGGGCGGCUGGCCCUGGCAGGCCGCCAUCCGGCUGCGUGGUUCCCCGGGUGACGGGCGUCUGGUGUGCGGGGCGACACUGGUCAGCAGCUGCUGGAUCCUCACCUCAGCCCACUGCUUCAAGAGGUAUGGGAACAGCACAAAGACGUACAAAGUCAGAGUGGGCGACUACCACAUCCUGGUGCCGGAGGAGUACGAGACAGAAUACGCCGUGGAGGAGAUCAUCCCCCACCCCAGCUACGAGGUCCAUAGUAACGACUACGACCUGGCGCUGGUGAGGCUAUCUGGGCGGGAGGGCCGCUGUGUGACCUUCAGUCGCCACGUCCUGCCGGCCUGCCUGCCCGGACGCAGGGAGAAGGCGGCCCGGACCUCCUCCAGCUGUUACAUCACUGGCUGGGGCGACACAGGACGGGCAUACUCUAAGACUCUGCAGCAAGCCGCCGUCUCCCAGCUCCACAAACGCCACUGCGAGGCCCACUACCCGGGCCAGUUCACCGCCCGGAUGCUGUGUGCCGGCAACACGCCGUCUGAGCCCUGGGUGGACAGCUGCCGGGGGGACAGCGGGGGCCCACUGGUGUGCGAGCGGACUGGAGGCCGCUGGGUGCUCUACGGGGUCACGUCCUGGGGCUACUCGUGUCGACUGCAGAACUCGCCCGGCGUCUACACCAAGGUGUCUGCCUUCGUGCCCUGGAUCCGCCGCCUGACGGGGCUGUGAUGGCGCUCUAGGGGUCAGCUGAGUGUGGCGCGUAGGUGGGAGCAAGAUUUUAUGAACAAAAGGGUGUGUACAGGGGGCGGGGUCACAAGGGAACAGGCCCCGAGCUGAAAGCUGAAUGGUUCACACAGUGUCUGUCCCCUGUCAAUCAUCAAUUUAAAACAUACGAUUGGCUAAUGAUAAUUUUGGCUCCUCUGUAUGAAUUAUGGCCCCUCUUACGCUCCAGCUAUAUUCCUUUACUACACAUCAGCACUUCUCUGUUAAAAGGGACCACAUUCCGAAUCCUAACAAAGGCACAGAAUGGGCCGGGGGGGCUGCCUGUUGUGUUUUUUUCUUCUUCAAGCAAAAGCCCACGGAAAUAAGAGCGAAACACAUUUUUAAUUCCUAACAUGAAGCGACAAACUUUGCACUUUAGGAUUUAAAAAAUUCAUCGAAAUAGUGCGCAGUUAGGUGAUGGGAACAUUACCUAUUAAAUAGGUAUGCACAAUAAAAGAUGUAUUCAAGGACAUCUUCAUUAAAAUGUCAAUUGUGUACUACGUUAAUGUUUAAGUGUCGCUUACUGUGCUUUAAAUUAU